AUGUUUCAAAGUAGUCUAGCUGGCUUAAGGGUUGUAAUAAGUCGAAGGAGUAUGCAUGCUAGUCUUUUCAAAAGACAUGAGAAUCCACUUGGAUUACCAAAAUUCAAAAAAGACGGAGGUCCAGAAAUACCACGAAUGUCUAAAGGGCUUCCUAUGAAACAGAAGAUACCCAAUGUCAAACGCAUAGUACUAGUUUCGUCAGGAAAAGGUGGAGUAGGAAAAUCAACAGUAUCCGUGAAUGUAGCAUUAGCUCUUCGGUCUAUGGGAAAGCAAGUAGGACUUCUUGAUGCAGAUAUUUUCGGACCUUCAAUACCAAAGUUAAUGAAUCUCUCGGGAGAACCCCGCCUUUCUGAACAAGGCAAAUUGCUUCCAUUGAGCAAUUAUGGAAUCGAAACAAUGUCGAUGGGGUAUCUUAUACCAGCAGAGAGUGCUCUAGCUUGGAGAGGAUUAAUGGUUAUGAAGGCAUUGCAACAGCUCUUGUUUGAAGUUCAAUGGUCUAAUUUGGACUAUUUAGUGGUAGAUAUGCCUCCAGGUACCGGAGACACUCAACUCACCAUUAGUCAGCAACUCAAGGUAGAUGGGGCCGUAAUUGUUAGUACCCCACAGGAUAUUGCUCUUAUAGACGCCAUCAAAGGAAUCACAAUGUUCAACAAGGUCAAUAUCCCAAUACUUGGGUUAGUACAGAAUAUGAGCUACUUUGUCUGUUCCAAUUGUAACCACGAGAGCCAUAUAUUUGGAACAGAUGGUGCAAAACGAGAAGCUGAGAAACAGAAAUUGGAACUUCUAGGCUCAAUUCCAUUAAGUGAAGAUAUCUGCUCUCAGUCUGACUUGGGUAAGCCAGUUGUUAUAUCACAUCCAGAGCUGUCUAUAGUUCAGCCAUAUUUGGACAUCGCAAGGAAGAUUAUCACAAGACUCGCAUAA